GCACGGCUUUACCUAUUUAAAUACUUACCGCUUUUCUUUGUCGAUAUAUACCAAUUGCAAAUAGCAAUAAUUAUUUGUAGCAACAAUUAUUUAGAAUUUUGUACAACAAAUACAUCAUAUCUACAUUGAACCAUCAUUAAUCGUAUGAAAUACGUUGUGAAAAGAAAAUUAAAUAUGGCUAUGUAUUUUUAAAUGAAUUAACUGCAUGAUUUACUCUGACUGCAGUUAAUUAGUGGUUAAUUAACUUUUUUUCUUUUAUUUCUCAUCAAUAAGUCGAACAUGAAGGUCCAUACAUUAACAAUUUUAUUAGUUGUUACAAUCAUCAAUUGUGCAUACUCCUGGUGGGACUCGGAUUUCAUAAUUGUAUAUCCUACAGCAAUCAUUCGUACGGAUGUCCGUAAAACAUUUCUAAAGCUUAGUCGUGCAAAACGAGAAAUAAGGCAUGACCUAGAGAAUUCUAAGUAUAUACUAGGAAGAGUAAAACAACAACUGCAAUCAAUAACGAUAACAUAUACACGAGAAUUCGCUAGAAUGGAACAACUGUUGAUUGAAUGCAGUAGAAGAGAAAAUAAUCCUUCGACGGCAACCAAGCCGCCACCUGCUUACGACUACCCUGAUCAAGACACUCCUGAUUAUGAUUAUGAGGACGAUACCACAGGAUGCCGUAAAUCGUCGGGACGCUGGUCAUCUUACAGGGCAACGCAUUGCGUCUCACGGGCUGUGCUACUUAUGUCGUCUUACGGGGCGACGCCAUGUAGUCUCACGGGACGACGCCAUGUCUUCUCAGGGGACGACGCCCUGUCGUCUCACGGGACGACGCCAUGUCGCCUCACAGAGCGACACUAUGUCUUCUCACGGGACGACGCCAUGUCGUCUCACGGGACGAUGGUUGUCAUCUAAUGGGUGCCUAUAGGAGGUCACUGCGUCUCGUCGCUGGGCCAUGGGCACCGAGCGGAAUGUCACGAAGUUUGAGGUUGAGGUAGCUUGUGAAAAUUGUACCCGUGUUCCUUUUUACGACGAUGGCUAUAGGAGCUCAAUACGUCUCGUCGCUGGGCCACGGGCACCGAGCGGAAUGUCACCAAGUCUUCUCACGAGACAAAUCUUAUCGCCUCAUAAGACGACGCCAUAUCGUCUCAUGAGACGACGCGUGUUGUCUCAUGGGACGACGCAUGUCGUCUCACUGGACGACGCUUGUCGUCUCACGGAUGACGCUGUCGUCUCACGGGACGACGCUUAUCGUCUCACGGGACGACGGUUGUCGUCUCACGGGACGACGGUUGUCGUCUCACGAGACGACGGCAUGUCAUCUUAAGGGACAUGUGGCAUUUGCACUCGUGUACGUUUUAUGACGGUGCCUAUAGGAGGUCACUGCGUCUCGUCGCUGGGCCAUGGGCACCGAGCGGAAUAUUACGAAAAUAAUCUUGACGAUUUGUAAUUUCUUGAUCUUUUUAAACUUGUUUUGUAGACGUGGUGCUCGGCUGAGUUACAAGAGGGUACUAAGGAGAAAGCAGCCGAGCGCUGGCAACCGGGCGACAUUGGUCUCAAGUAGCUCGAUAGAUGGCGCUGCUAGUUGAGAAAUUCACUCGAUUAGGGCUGAGUUACAAGGCUGUUAUCUCAUAAGUGGUCCAAGCGGGAAGCACGGAUACCUAAAUACUCGUAUAUUACUUACUUCACAUUAAUUGAACUUUCAUUCAAAUUUAAAAAUAGACGUGCCCGCGGCUCCAUGUGAGAUAAAUUUUUUGUGUUAUGUUUAAAUACAAAUCUUAUUAUGUAAGUUACAAAAUUUAUCUUAAUGUAAUAUUGAUUAAAGCUUGAUUUUUGAGGCGAGAAAGAUAUACAUAUAGUCACAAAGUUAGGAAUAUUCUUCAUUUAUUUGAAGGUUCUUUAAUUUUUGGAAAAAUAUGAAUUAAUUUUUGAAUGCAACCCUACCAAAGUUUAUAAAAACUAAGAUUAUUCGAGGGGCAUAAUUAUUUUUGUAUAGUAACAGUUGUGUGAUACUUUUUAUUUGUAACAGUUAUACAUAUAUUUAUGGCGUUAUUCGCCGUACCGCCGGCAUAUUCGCCGGCUUAACGACCGGUUUGGCCUAGUGGGUAGUGACCCUCUGUCUACGAAGCUGAUGGUCCCGGGUUCAAAUCCUGGUAAGGGCAUUUAUUCGUGUGAUGAGCAUGUUUGCAUAUUUGUUCCUGAGUCAUGGGUGUUUUCUAUGUAUUUAAGUAUUUAUAAAUAUUUAUAUAUUGUAUAUAUCUUUGUCUGAGCACCCUCAACACACGCCUUAUUGAGCUUACUGUGGGACUUAGUCAAUUUUGUGUAAUAAUGUCCUAUAAUAUAUUCAUAAACGUCUGUUAAAUUUAAAAUGCCGUUGAUGAUCGUUUGUCUCUGUGUGUAAUAUUAACAUUUAUCUAUGUUAGAAAGUGGGCAAAUUUAACAUAGGUAUGCAAAGUUUUAUGAAUAAGGGGGUUUGUUUGCAAUUUUGUCAAUAAAUUAUAUGAUUUGGAAAAA